CAGAGAACUCGCAUGGAGAAAACUAGGGCGAAUGUUUGCAGAGACGUCAAAAUGUGAUACCGACAGCAGUCGGUGGUGUUCGAGUAGCCGAUGGAUCUAUUUUGGAUUUGUUUUCCUCUGCAUGUUUGCAGGCGUUUGGAUGGGUUGUGCUAUUAAAUAUUAGAAAUGUUGGCCUAUGUAGGAACUGUUGCUAUGCACUGGAUUACUAUUGGUGCUUGAAAGACGAGUUCUUUUUUUUUUUAACCAUAGAGAUUCUCGUCUUCAUUGUUGUGGUUGUGAGUGUUAGUCCAGCACAGUCAACAUGGCGACCAAAGAAUCAAGUUUUAGUAGUUCUUCUGCGAGUCGGACUACGCUCCGUUUUGGAUGGUUAUGUGUUUGUGGGGAUUUCUAUCUUCAGUAUUUCAUAUUCUUGUGUGCAAUGUUAUCCAUGAAUAUUGUGGCUGUUUCAUCAGAGGGCCAGGGAUGGAUAGGCCCCUCUGAUAACCACGGAGGUCGCAUCAAAUUGCGGAAUAUUGAUUUGGACCCGUCUUCUAAACGAAAGAUCGGUGGGUUUCCAGUUCAAGAUGAAGGAUAUUCCACUGAUACUCGUCAAGAGCCCGCAAACCCAGCUGAAAUUGGUGGAGUAAUUAUUCAGCAAGAGUCCCAAAAACUUUCAGCCAGACUUAGGUGGCUGAGCAAUGAAGAAAUUGGGAUAUUGAACAUGCAGAUCACAGAACGGUUAAAGGCUCGGUUUGACCGAUACCUGCAAGUGUUAAAAACUAACAAGAUUAUCGUUCAAAGCCUGUACAAGUUUCAUGUGAAGCAACCAAUCACGCUGGGAUAUAGCUGCUGCACAAUGCCAUGCAAAGAUUUCAAGUCUCACAAUUUGUACGGCUGCAAGAUCGCCAAACACACCAGCUGUGAUCUCAUACCCCCGAGCGUGCCACGAGGGGCUUUUAACCCUGGGAGGAAUCUGACUGAAG